AAUGUUAAAGCGAUAAAAACAUGAGCUUAAAGAAUAAUAUUAAGAUAGAAAGAAAAUAUAUGAAUUAGUCUUAAAGAAGAAUAAAGACAGAGCAACUGUGUUGAGCAAUAUUUAUGUGAAUAUAAAAUAUAUGGGAAAUAAAUAUCCAAAAGAAUUAGAAGAUGAGUUGAAUUAAUAUAUAGCAUAGUUAUGA